AUGCGUCUUACGAAAUCCAUAGCCGCGCUCUCUUUGCUAUUUACCUCUUCUCUUGCGGAGUUACUUCCUCGCUCUUACGACACUCACGACUUUUUUGCCCUCCAUCUCGAUGAUUCCCUAAAGCCAGAACACGUCGCAGAGGCUCUGGGAGCCCACCAUGAAGGCCAGAUUGGAAGUCUGCCAGGACAUCACAAGUUCUCUUUGCCUCAUGGUCAAGCGUCGACGGUUGAAUCGCUACUGAAUGAACUGAAAGUGCGACGGAAACGGGGCUCAGAUCCUGCGCUUUACGACAAGAGGGAGGACGGCCUUGAUGGCAUCCUCUGGUCUCAGAAGCUUGCUUUGAAGGAUCGAUUGCACAAGCGCGUCCCUAUAGAAUUGGAUUCGAGGACUGGGCAAUCACCAGGCCCAGCGCCAGAAGCCGUCGACAGGCAGAAGCUCAUUGCGUCGAACCUAGCCAUCAAAGACCCGGAGUUUCAGAAACAAUGGCACUUGUUCAAUACAGAACAAGUUGGCAAUGAUUUGAAUGUCACGGGUGUGUGGCUGGAAGGCAUAACUGGCAAAGGGGUUGUCACUGCUAUCGUUGACGACGGCCUUGAUAUGUACAGCAAUGAUUUAAAAGACAAUUACUUUGCUGAGGGAUCAUGGGACUUUAAUGAGAAUUACCAAGAACCAAAGCCAUUGUUAUUCGAUGAUAAACACGGCACUAGAUGUGCUGGAGAGGUGGCGGCAGUUCGAAAUGGCGUGUGCGGUGUCGGUAUGGCAUAUGACGGCAAGGUCGCUGGCAUUAGAAUCCUUUCUAAGCCGAUUGAUGACGCCGACGAGGCAGCAUCAAUUAACUACGGCUUCCAGCAAAAUCACAUCUACUCUUGUUCAUGGGGUCCUCGAGAUGACGGACAGACCAUGGAAGCGCCAGGCAUCCUCGUAAAACGAGCAAUGGUGAACGGCAUUGUGAAUGGACGCGAUGGCAAAGGCUCAAUAUAUGUGUUUGCAGCGGGCAACGGCGCCGCACAUGACGAUAAUUGCAACUUUGAUGGCUAUACCAACAGUAUCUAUAGUGUUACUGUAGGGGCCCUUGACCGAUUUGGGAACCAUCCAUCUUAUUCCGAGGCUUGCUCCGCACAAUUGGUCGUUGCCUAUAGUAGCGGUGGAGGUGAUGCUAUUCAUACGACUGACGUAGGCACCGAAACCUGUACGGGCGCUCAUGGCGGUACGUCGGCUGCUGGUCCUCUGGCUGCAGGAGCCAUAGCUCUUGCACUGAGUGUUCGACCAGAUUUGACCUGGCGUGAUGUCCAGUAUCUGUUACUCGAAACCUCUAUACCUGUGCAUGCAGAAGGUGAUGAGGUGCAGUUGACCCCAAUCGGCAAGGAGUUUAGCCAUCAAUAUGGCUACGGAAAAGUGGACACCUAUUCAUUUGUACAGAAGGCCAAAGAAUGGGAACUUGUGAAGCCACAAGCUUGGUACACUUCGCCUUGGCUGCGAGUUCAGCAGGAGAUUCCACAGGGCGAGCAGGGCUUGGCUAGCUAUUUCGAAGUUACCUCGGACAUGCUGAAAGAAGCAAACUUCGAUAAGUUAGAACAUGUCACUGUUACUAUGAAUGUUGAGCAUACUCGGAGAGGUGAUUUAAGUGUUGAGUUGCGCGGUCCUCAGGGAAUUGUCAGCCAUCUCAGUACUGCCAGGAGGGGCGAUAACGCUCCAACAGGCUAUGAAGACUGGACUUUUAUGUCCGUCGCACAUUGGGGCGAAUCUGGCGAAGGCGUCUGGACCGUGAUUGUUAAAGACACAGCUGUCAAUGAACAUCACGGAGUAUUCACUGACUGGCGUCUCAAUCUCUGGGGGGCUUCCGCCGAUGCCGCUUCUCAACAGCCGCACCCCUUGCCUGAUGAACACGAUGACGAUCAUAAUAUUGAAGAUGCUGUCUACGCUACUGUUAGUAUUAAGCCACAUACGAAAACAACACCGGCACCUACUGCUACGGAUCACGCCGAGCGUCCGGUGAAUCAGAAACCCACCAACACUGAGGCCAAGCCAACUGCCACUCCUGAAGUCCCUACUCCAAUCGAGGAUGAGGAGACGGCACCCACGGCAGAGCCGACUGAGACUGCAUCUUCAAGCUUCUUACCGUCUUUCCUACCCACAUUUGGAGCGACACCACACACCCAAGUCUGGAUAUACGCCUCAAUUGUCCUCAUCCUUAUUUUCUGCAUUGCACUAGGCGUUUACUUCUACGUACAACGCCGCAACCGACUCCGAAACAACCCGCAUGAUGACUACGAAUUCGAGAUUAUUGACGAUGAGGACGACGCGCAAGUGCCAUUGGCUGGCCGGCGCGGACGAAGACGUCGAGGCGGCGAAUUAUACAAUGCCUUUGCCGAGGAAAGCGACGAGGAGCUCCUUAGCGAGAAUGACGACGAUGAUGAAGUCCCGUUUCGCGACCACCUCAGAGAAAAGGGCGAUUCUGAAAUAUGA